GAAAAUUAAUUGAAAGAUGGAAAAAGAAAGCAAAAAACAAUCCAGUCAUUAGCGACCAUGUCGGCAUCGACAAAAACUCCAUCAAGAAUUUCCUGUCCUCUUGGCUUUUUUCAGGCCAAAAAUAUCUAGCAGGAGUAUCAAUAUCUGAUGAAAAGAAAAGAAAAAUGUGAUACACGUGCUGAUUCCCUUCAUUUGGGCAAGAUUGCACGGUGGUUUCUUUAUACGGCAAUUUUUUCACUACGAAUUCACUCUUUCAAAAUAAACUGCUUUUUCUUUCUCCUGAAAAAACUCGUGUGAAGUAAAUAAUGGACGAGUUUAUCCUUUCUUCAUCUUCACUACUUUCUGCAUCUCAACAUCAGCCAAUAAGUCUCCAACAAAGGCUUCAGCCCAUUCUUGACAACCAGAGAGAGCGGUGGACUUAUGCCAUUUUCUGGCAAACCUCCACGGAUGAUGAAGGAUGCAUCUUUUUAACAUGGGGAGAUGGCUUUUUCCAAGGGACCACAGUCAUUAAAGAAAUUCAGGGCUUGAUCGUUGAAAAUUAUUCUGAUAGCCAUAGUAAUAUUGUGAAUGAUGCUGAAAGGUUCUAUGUGAAGUCACUUGCUAACCCUCUCUCUCUUGGCGAUGGUGUUCCAGGCAAGGCCUUUAGUACAGGCUCCGUAGUUUGGUUGAGUGGGGGAAAUCAACUUCGGUUCCAAAAUUGUGAAAGAGCUAGAGAGGCACAGAGCCAUGGUAUGCAGACCUUGGUUUGUAUUCCAACUUCAAAUGGAGUAGUUGAACUAGGAUCAAAUGUCAUCAUCACACAAAACUGGAGCGUGGUUCGACAAGUUAAGUGCUCGUUUGAAUCAGAUCUCUAUGGUCUAGGUCUGGUUUCACAGAAGUACUCAAAGCUUGGUACCAAUCCUGAUGAUAUUGAUGUACUAAGUCAAAUUCAAGAAGAUGCCCAACAGAAGAUGACGGAAGCACUUCCUGUUUCCAAGAUUUCAGAUUCAACUUCCCAAUUUAAAACACCCAAGAAGAGGGGUAGAAAGCCUAGUAUCGGCAGGCCUAACGUGCCAUUAAUAAACCAUGUGGAUGCGGAGAGGCACAGAAGAGAGAAGCUGACGAGAGCGUUUUGUAAACUCCAGUCGGUGGUUCCAUACGCGUCAACAAUGGACAGAGCAUCGUUGCUAUCAGCUGCUGUAUUGUACAUUAAAGAGCUGAAAGAGAAAGUGGAAGAAUUGGAGUCCAAGAGAAUGAAGAUGAAGCAACUAGAAAUUGAAGUGAAGAUUGUUGGCGAAGAUGGUAUGAUCAGGGUUCAAUCGGAGAAUACUAAUUAUCCAGUUACUAGAUUAAUAGAUGUCAUUCGAGAUCUUGAGUUGCAAGUCCACCACGCUAGCAUGUCAACUGUUAAGAAUCUCAUGCUUCAAGAUGUAGUUGUCAAGGUUCCUGGUGGUGGAGUAAUCACAAGUGAAGAUGCAUUAAGAACUGCUCUAGUCACAGGAUUGGAGAAAUAAAUUUUUUUUUAUCGUAUUAUAUUUUAUUUCACUACAUAUGGUAGAAAAAUAAUGCUCAAGUAGCAUAAUAAAGAAUCAGAUGAUAAUGCAUUAUAUUAUUAGAGUUCACUUGUUGAGUUCAAUUAUAUAAGUGCAUUAAUGGCUCAUAAUUGAGAGCUCAAUGGAGUAGGUAAAUUUAUGCAUCCUGUAAAUUCACUGUUCUUGGUUUUAUUUGAUUCUGAAUGUGUUUAA